AUGAUGACAAUGCACCCAAAUUAUUACGCAACAAGGAAUGAUGCACGCAUUGCUGGAUCUUUGCUUCCGACCCAUCUUCAGUCCUUUACACAACACACUGCGAUUUCCCAACAUCAAUCACACAGUAUUCAAGACCUGUUUCUUCCUCCACUGAGAACAGCUAUUAGCGAACAGGUGCAUUCUACGGACGAUAUGGAACCGACGGGUCGCCCAACAAUUCAUGAUAAUUACGAAAAACAGGCCGAACAGAAGCGUUUUCGGCAUAUGCAGAGUUGCGAUGGAGCUCGCUUUCACUCAGUCAGCAGUAAUUCUACAAAGGAUUGGCUAGCAUCGCAGGAAAUACAAAAUUUGUCCCAUAAAACCGGUGAAAAAUCACUCCCUUCCCCUACUCACAUUGCACACGAAAAUUCGUCAAGUCCUUCUAGAAUACUGGGUGGUGGUCCUAACAAUUCGAGCCGACAGUCGCCAGCAGAUUCUUCUCCUUCGCCAACAAACCACCCCAGUUUGUCCGAGCUAAAUAAUUCCCUCACAUCCAACCGACGAAUGCCUGAAUUUACUUCCAUAUCUACACCCUCUCGCAACGGACCGAAGGAGUUGGACUACCUCCUGGCAGCCAACGCAGCUGCAGCCCUGGUUAGCCAACUUGGAGGGCCAAAUGUGAAUGGCCUGAACACACAGUCCAACACAGACUCCCUAACGAUGCCUAUGGGGGAGCUCACCGGAAACGGCCUGAAGGAUUUGACUGUGGAUCGGAGAACGAACUUUCACUUUCCUUAUGAUCACCAACCUCAUCACCAGUCAUCCGUUGUGAGUGGCAGUGCUCCCGUCCCCGGAGUAAAUGAUGGCAAGUAUGGUGUCCCGAACUCGAUGAAACAUGCAAAUUCCCCGAUGCUGAAUGCAUUUAAUGCCACUAGCUUAAUGCACCCUUCCAUGGUCUCGGCCAGCUCAUUUACAAAUCCCCUACUCAGUCGGGCGCAUUCUUUCCAACCACAGGAAAAAUUUUCUCCCUAUGAUGCACCAUUUCCAAGUCAGCACGGCGCCUACCCGAUCACACCUUCAUUUGCCUUCAAUCCACACUUUGUCCAACGCACUCACUGUUCCACUUUUGCACAAAGUCCAUCAAAAUUCGGUUCUAAUCUAAGUCUGAGAGAUCCCAACUAUCACGCCUUAUUGAACACGAAUCCUGCCUGUUCUGUGGCGGCGUUCCGACCCCUGCUUCAUUCAGAUGGUUUAACUUACUUGAGCGUACCAUCGGAUGCUGUGCCACAAAUCUCAACAAGUCUAGGUGUCAGUCUUGACGCUAUUCAGUCCGGUCAGUUGGACCACGUAUCGCCGAGAAACGGAAUGAAUGGGGGCGGGUGUACAACUCCUACAGGGCGGACCGGCUCCGGAACCACAGAAUCUGGGGUAGUGGUUUACCCUUGGAUGAAUCCGAAGGGAACUGACGUUGGGGCCGAUCAAAAACGUACGCGACAGACUUAUACACGAUAUCAGACACUUGAACUUGAGAAGGAAUUCCACUUUAACAAAUAUCUCACUCGCCGUCGGCGGAUAGAAAUUGCGCACACGCUAACCCUGACAGAACGUCAAAUCAAAAUAUGGUUUCAGAACCGACGGAUGAAAUGGAAGAAAGAUCACAAUAUUGCCAAACUCAAUGGCCCAGGUACUUUGGAUCAGUUAGAGCUUUCAGAGCAAACAAGUUCGUUUGGAUCGGGACACGAAAAGAAGAGUAGGAAAGAGGCCUCACUCUGCGAUGACAGCGACGAAGAUGUGAUCAAGAAACGUCGCCUCAGCCCCGACAGCUUCUCGGCCAAUGAUGUGAAUUCCGCAGUAGAUAGAUUAGGUUCCCGGAAUACUGCUUUGGGCGGGUUUGGUCCAGACCAACUAGUUCAUUCCGGGCGAGAUCAGUGCACGACAAGAUCUACACACAGGGAGGUUGAUGAAGAACACGAAAGCGAAGAUGAAGAUCAAUCAUCUCUGAUCGGCAUUCCUGCACUUCAACCCGGGAAUGAGAUACGCGCCAAACAAACGUGGACCAAUUCGAAACUCGAUAAAGCCACAUUCCAUGCACAAAUGAUCCCUUACAUAGACCAACAGCCCCAACAACAACCACACCCUCAGUCAAGAGGAAACGGAAGCGGGGGAACGGGAAACGCAAGCAUGAUGUUUCUACCGGGCUGUGAUGAGACUUGGCAUCACCAAUAGGAGUUCGCAAGCUGAGGUUCCUAGAGUGUGAAAAGUAUGCACGAUUACCAUAUUUUCACGUUAAACGACAAUAACCUCAAAUUUCCGUGACCGUCUGCUGUUUUAAAAAAGUUGUGCAUUUGCCGAAAAGUGUCAGCACGACUUGUGAUACAUAUUGUUCCAACCACGGAUCGUGUUAAUCUACCCUUCCAGAGCUAAAACCUAUCCAUCAUCAUGGCUUUUUCAAAACAGUUCAAACGACCUAUUUGUACAUAUUGUGACGGGCCAGAACCCGCAGUACAGGUUAG